GCAGACACACGCAUCCUCGGAUGAUCCUCCUCCUCGGACGGUCACAGAUUCCACCGAGUCGACGACACGGAAAGAUUUCACACUGCACCGGGGGAGCGCUGCAGGGAAAGUGGGUGUAUGGCACCUCAGUCGUGCGUAAUGAAUCCUGCGCAGGGAUCACCGCCCUCCACCGCUCCCGGGGAGACUUCAUCAGCAGAGGAGGGAGCCGCUAACGUGGACCUGUCACCUGCGAGAAGAUGUAAAAACAGCAGUCUUGAUCUGUCCUUCGGUGUGGACUCCAUCAUUUCAGACAGACCGUCCGGCAGAAGCCUCCACUCCCCCGGGUCUGGAUCAGGCUGCGUCCGGGCGGUGGACUCCGACUCCGACUGUGCGUCACCGAGGGAACUUUACCGGUCUAAAGCAGAGGCGGUGGAUCCCGGUGACAUGGACAAGAGGCCCUGGUGUCAGGCUUCAUACGCUUCCCCUACAAGACUCCCCAGCCCGGCCGCUUGCAAUCUCCGCAAACACAAGAACAACAGGAAACCCAGGACUCCCUUCACAACCUCCCAGCUUCUGUCUCUGGAGAGGAAGUUCCGUCAGAAACAGUACCUCUCCAUCGCGGAGAGAGCGGAGUUCUCCAACUCCCUCAGCCUCACAGAGACACAAGUAAAGAUCUGGUUUCAGAACCGCAGGGCCAAGGCCAAGAGACUGCAGGAGGCCGAGCUGGAGAAACUCAAGCUGGCCGCCAAGCCCCUGCUGCCGGCCUUCGCCUUCCCCUUCCCCCUGAACGCACCCAUGGGCGCACCGUCCCUGUACGCGGCCCUGAGCGCACCGCGGCCUGCAGUGCCUGUCCCGGGACUUUUCCGUGGACCAUAUGGGAUGUACUACUUGUCUUAACGCACAGUGACAUUGAAAUGCAGCGUUGAGGGGGAAAACAACUUUUUCCUUCUUUUGUUUAAGCUUUCACUUAGAAAAUGACAAACAAUGCACAACAACAAAUGUCUUUUUUUCUGAUAGAGGAAACUUUAAUAGCACAAGAAUAAUAUUUUUCAUACAAAAUUUUAAACAGAAGAAACUGGCUUCACUUUUAAAAUGUUCAAGGAACACACACACACACACACACACACACACAACUGCUCUCUCACUUCUUACCUAUUUUCCUUAAUCUUCUAUCCUAUUUAAGUUUUUCUUUGUGGUAAAUUAUUCGUUCUUUUCUGCAGCAUAAUUAGUAAAAUCCAUUUUUCUAAACAAGACAUUCAUCUGUUUUUUUUUUACUCGUUUCAGUGUUUAAAUUAACGGUUUAGUUUAUGUUAAAAUAUUUCAGUCAGUUCAUUUGAUGACGCAGUUUAUUCAAAAGUCACUAAUGUGAAUGGGUUUUUUUUUGUUGUUGUUGUUUACAUUUCAUGGGCCUUUUCAAAUAAAUAUCCACAGUUCAAUUAGCACAAACACAAUUUAAUAUAUCCAUAAAGAUACAAAGGAAGUCAGAAACAUUAAUCCUGGUCAUUUGUAUUUUUUUUCUUUUUAAAAAAUUACCUCAAAAUAACGUUUUGCACAGGUGUUUGAAGAGCUCUUAAAGGUCCAAGACAAAGGUUUCAUUACAAAAUGUAAAAAAAAAAAAAAUGUUUACUGCUCCCUGCAAUAAGUAGUGAACUCGACUGAAAAUACUCUAAAUUUACAUAUAUUAUAUGUGAUGGAAGAAAAGGUGUUUUGUACAAUAUUAAAACAUUUUUAUGUAAA